UACACUACAAGGCGGCGGCACAUAAGCUACAGAGGUACCACAGCUGACCAGCAACAGGGAUUAUUAAGAUGGAGAAAUAUUCCUUCUUUGUGGCACUUUUUUGCACGGUCUUUGUGCACAGGGCCCUUGGAUUUCCAUUUAGUGAUGUUUCAAUAGCUUGUGAUUCCAUGUUACCUGAUCACGGAACAGAACCACAGACGUCGACUCCACCUUAUGUCAUCUCUGUAUCAUUUGAUAGAUAUGACCCAGGAAAUGAAAUACAAGUGAUUCUAGAAGCAAUGUCGCCGCCUGGAUUUCAGGCAUUUAUGGUGCAGGCCCGAGAAGUCCAUGGAAAUGUUCCUGUUGGUAUGUUUCGCAUCAUCGAUCCGAAUUCACAGGGCCUUCCAUGUGCCAAUAUUUCGAAUUCAGCAGUUAGUCACAGAAAUCCCUAUGUCAAGCACAGAAUUACAACUGCUUGGGUUGCUCCCGAGGGCACCAGAAAGAUUCGGAUUAUGGCAACUUUUGUUCAAGAUCCUAAUACCUAUUGGGUUGGUGUUCAUAGCAAAACCCUCUCGCCCAGACUUUCAAAGAUAGCCAAUGAUUCCACACCUGUCAAUGAUUCCACACCUGUCAAUGCUUCAAUGACAACCAAUAGCUCAGACAAAGCCAAUGAGCUUUUAACAUACAUGGCUUCUGAAUCCAUUGCUGCUGAUUCUGAAGCAUCCAAUGAUUUCAACACCCUCCUUGCUGAUAUUGAAGAUGCUGAUUUCAACACCCUCCUUGCUGAUAUUGAAGAUGCUGAUUUCAUCAACCUGCUUUCUGAUAUUGAAGAUGAUGAUUUCAUCAACCUGCUUCCUGAUAUUCAAGAUGAUGAUUUCAACAACCUGCUUCCUGAUAUUGAGGAAGUUGGUGACUAUGAGACACCUGUCGAUUCUGAGUCAAUUCGUGACUCCAGGGAAAAUGCCACAGGAAGAAGGAGGAAGGUAACGAUUAAAAACAACAACACUGGUUACUAA